AUGGCACUCGACAUCACAAGUAUUCCUAAUGCCAAGAAUAGCCAGAUCUGGGUUAUGAGCGCAUUGGGGAUUGCGAUUGGCCUCGCCAUGUUUGGGUUCUAUACAUAUAGAGCCUGCAGAAAGGAUUGUCUCAAAGAGAGACUGCCGAUCACCCUCUUUGUACCAACUCUACCGGUGUCCUUUCCAUUCGCAAUCCAUUGUUAUCGAAUGAGCACCGACUGCCUCACCCCGAAAGCGUACACGAUUAAGCAAAACCUCGACUUGUAUUUGCCUGAGAAGGAUGGAACUACAAUGACCACCAGUCUAGAUUCCUGCGCUCGUGUCGCAGUCGAGUCACGAGCUUUCUCUCAGGUCAUACGUUCACAACAACUUGAUACGUCGAGAUCCAGCGGGAGGAAGACGACGUGA